GUUUGUAACUAAGUGACGCUCUAAAGAGUGGACAGAUGACUUGAAUAUUUAUAACACUGAAGUAUAUCUAGAUCUAUAAGAUGUUACAAUCACAAUAUGAAUGUUACAAACUUUUAAAAUAUUUCUUUUUUUAUAUGCAUAAAGCUACAAUAUAAAAUAAUUAAAGAGGUUCUUAAAUAAUAAAUAAUAAACUAAAUGUUAAUAUUUAUUUAUUUAAUAUCCCAUGGAGUGUAACUUGGCAUCAGCAUCAAAAUCAAGGUCUCGUGUUGGACUAAAAUUAAAUAAGCCAUCAUUGGCGACAUGUCCAGAAACAACUAAAUCUAAAUCUUCUAAAAUUACUUUAAAAAUAAGUUGUAGUCAAUACGAGUCCUACAGAAAAAGCAAAAUGACCUUAGCUGCUGGAAAUAAAAGUAAAUCGUACACACACCCUUGGGAAGACCGUACUGUUUUAAGCGAUGUAUAUGAAGGUCCUUUGUCAGAAAGGGAAUCUUGGUGGAGAAAUGAAAUAAAGGUCACACCAUCACCAGGGACAUAUGAGAUUACAGAUUUUUUAACCGAGUUAUCCAAAAAGCCAAACUCUUACAGAUUCAAAUCAGUCUCCAGAAAAAACAAUUUUGCCUUUAUGCGGAGUGGGGCGCUUCUUUUACCCGGAAAUUAUGAAGUUCAUGAUUUUAUUGAAGACUUGAACAAAAAACAAGCAACAUAUUCUUUCAAAUCUGAGCAGAGAGAUGCAAAGGAUGUUUUAAAUUUUGGACUUAAAGAUAAGAACAUAAAUGUACCACCGAAUGCUUACCACGUAGAAACAUUUUUGUCUGUAGAUGGAGAGAAAGCACCAGUAAAGAGCUACAUGUUCAAAUCUCAGUCAAAACGAUUUCCAAAUAACAUUUUCAGGCCGAAAGAAGGUCCCGCUCCCGGUGCAUAUGACGUGAAGGACACUGCACCACCAGCCCCUGCUGUGACUUCCUGUUUUAGGUCAAAGCAACCAAGGUUUCCCAUGUUACAAUCGAAAGUUCCUGAUCCAGGGUGGUAUGCCAAGACCUAUCAACACCCUAUGCCAGAUACUAUAGCCAAGUUGGGGAGAAAUCAUGGCCUUUUUUUUACUAGUGAAUUUCAAGUGUAAUGUUGGUUACUGUUUUGUCCUGAGUUUUAUGGUUAAAAUUAUUUACCAUUUCUUAUAAGCUUAUAAUAUUGGUUGAUUUCAUCUGUGAUAUUUUGUUACUGGAAUUUACAAUUAAUUUUCACCAACAGUAUUUAAAAAAAAAACAGCAUUCAUUUUUAAAUGUUGUUUGUUCAUGCAAGUAUUAUAAACAUUAUUUUUAAAUUAUGUUUUGUGUUUUUAUAAA